AUGCUCGCGGGCAACCUCACCCUCGCCUCGCUCCUCGCCGCGCGUUGGGUCGAAUCCGGACACUUUCCCCUCUCCAACAUGUACGAGUCGCUGCUCUUCCUCGCGUGGGGGGUCACCGGCGUCCACCUCGUCGUCACCGAGAGGGACGGCUACAGCAAGAGCGCGGUGCCCGGUGCGCUCGCGGCGCCCACGGCGCUCAUGGUCGUGGCGGGCGCCACCCUCGCGCUUCCCCCGGAGCUGCAACGCGCGAGCGCGCUGGUCCCCGCGUUGAAGAGCAACUGGCUCAUGAUGCACGUGAGCGUGAUGAUGCUCUCUUACGCGACACUGCUUGUGGGCUCCCUGUCGUGCGUGUCGUUCUUGCUGGUGGACGCCACGCAGGGGUUCGAGGGGGCGAAGGGCGCGCUGGGGUUCCUCGAUGGGCUCUCGGAGGGCAAGGUGCGGCGCCGGAACCGGCCGCGCGUGGGCGCGGACGGGACGGUCGCCGCGGUGAUGGACGCCGGCGAGUUUCCCGACGAUGCGAGCCCCGUGUUGGCGGGCGCGGACCUGAUGCGCGAGAUGGACAAUUUGGCGUACCGGUGCCUCGGCGCCGGGUUCGCGCUUCUCACCGCGGGGCUCAUCAGCGGCGCCGUGUGGGCCAACGAGGCGUGGGGUUCGUACUGGUCCUGGGAUCCCAAGGAGACGUGGGCGCUCAUCACCUGGCUCGUGUACGCCACGUACCUGCACUCGAGGCUGGUGGCGGGCAAGAGCAAGAAGGAGGUUGCGACGGUUGGGGCGCUGGGGUUCGUCGUCGUGUGGGUGUGCUACGUCGGCGUGAACCUGUGGGGCGUCGGUCUGCACUCCUACGGCUGGUUCGCCAACAAGUGA